AUGAGAGUAUCUGAGAAAUUGCAGAAAAAUCUGGAGUCCAGUGAGACAUCUAAGCCAACGUUCUCUUUUGAAUUCUUCGUUCCGAAGACUACGCAGGGUGUUCAAAAUCUGUACGAUAGAAUGGAUCGCAUGUACCAAACACGUCCCCAAUUCAUCGACAUCACAUGGAAUGCGGGCGGUAAGUUGUCGCAGUUAUCUACAGACUUGGUAUCCACUUCUCAGUCCGUGUUAGGGCUCGAAACCUGUAUGCAUCUGACAUGCACCAACAUGCCUGUGCAGCUGAUCGAUGACGCACUAGCUAGAGCUUACGAGUCAGGGUGUCAAAAUAUUUUGGCUUUGAGAGGGGAUCCGCCAGUGACGACCGGCGAGUGGAAGCAAUGUGAAGGCGGCUUUGCGUAUGCCAAAGACUUGGUCUGUUACAUCCGCCAGAAAUAUGGUGAUCACUUCGACAUUGGGGUUGCCGGCUACCCAGAAGGCCAUCCAGAAGAAGAAGCCACGCCUCAGCUAAUUCAAUAUUUGAAAGAAAAGGUUGACGCAGGUGCCAACUUCAUCAUUACUCAAAUGUUUUACGAUGCCGACAUUUUCAUUGAAUGGUGUCGCCAGGUGCGCCAAGCAGGCAUCGACGUACCUAUCAUUCCAGGAAUUAUGCCGAUCACCACCUAUGCGGCAUUCAUGCGUAGGGCUGAUUGGUGUAAAAUCAAAAUUCCUGAUGAAUUUAUGACGAAGCUCGAUGCUGUCAAAGAUGAUGACCAAGCUGUGCGUGAGGUGGGCACUGGCCUAAUCGCUGGUAUGUGCCAAAAACUCUUGAAAAGCGGCUACGUGACGCAUUUACACAUGUACACUAUGAACCUUGAAAAAGCAUCUAUGAUGAUCUUAGAUAAGUUAGGGCUUUUGACCGAAGAAGACGACAUUUUCAGAGACGAGGUGGUUCCAAUGCCUUGGAGAAAAUCGCUUCACCCUCAACGUCGUAAUGAAUCUGUGCGUCCCAUCUUUUGGCAAAAGAGACCUUACUCGUAUGUGGCACGUACCUCGCAAUGGUCAGCCGACGAGUUCCCCAACGGUAGAUUUGGAGACUCUUCGUCGCCCGCCUUUGGUGACUUAGACUUGUUAGGGUCGUCUUUGAUCAGACAAUCGCCUCAGCGUGCGCUUGAAUUGUGGUCGGCACCAACUAAACUUUCAGACAUUACCAAUUUGGUCAUUGACUACCUGCAAGGCAAAACAAAAUGUCUUCCUUGGUGUGACGUUGCCUUAAAUCAUGAAGUGGACUCGAUCAUGCCUCAGUUGCUAGAUCUUAACAGUCAUGAAAUCUUGACUCUAAAUUCGCAGCCUCGUGUCAACGGAUUGCCUUCAGGCGAUAAGGUAAUCGGGUGGGGCCCUAACAACGGCUACGUGUUCCAAAAGGAGUACCUUGAAUUUUUAUUGCCCAAGAGCAAGUUACCACAGUUCAUGGAUCUCAUUGGUCAUGAUGCAAGCUUGACGUACUUUUCGGUCGACGCCUCAGACCAGCUGCACUCGAACCACCCCGAUGAUACAGCCGCUAACGCCGUAACCUGGGGUAUUUUCCCAGGUCGCGAGGUUCUACAGCCUACAAUCGUAGAGAAGGUAUCGUUUUUGGCGUGGAAGGAGGAGUUUUUCCACAUUCUGGAAGAGUGGAAGCUCAUCCUAGGCGAACAGGGCCACCGCGACAGUGUGACCCUGCUGGAUACCAUUAUCAACGAUUAUACGCUAGUAAACGUUGUCGACAACGAUUUCGUGACCGAUGGCAAUCGGAUCCACGAUCAUCUCAAAUGCUUGUACUGA